AUAUGCCGUAAAUGAGUAUGAAAUUGUCGUACAAAUGCCCCUGAUUUUUGGACGGUGGAACCCUUUCGGUCUCUCUGUGCGACUUUAGCUGAAAUCAGAAACAUGCCGGCUAAAGGUCCUUUGCAGUCUGUCCAGGUAUUCGGACGUAAAAAAACCGCCACUGCCGUCGCUCACUGCAAGAGGGGCAAUGGGCUCAUCAAAGUGAACGGCAGGCCUCUGGAGAUGAUCGAGCCGAGCACUCUGCAGUACAAGCUGCUGGAGCCAGUUCUGCUGUUGGGCAAAGAGCGCUUUGCUGGAGUGGACAUCCGAGUCCGGGUGAAGGGUGGCGGACACGUUGCCCAGAUCUACGCUAUCCGUCAGGCAAUCUCCAAAUCCCUGGUUGCCUACUACCAGAAAUAUGUGGACGAGGCCUCUAAGAAGGAGAUCAAGGACAUCCUGAUCCAGUACGACAGGACCCUGCUGGUGGCCGACCCCCGCCGCUGCGAGUCCAAGAAGUUCGGUGGACCCGGCGCCCGCGCUCGCUACCAGAAGUCUUACCGUUAAAGUUUCUGUACAUUUUCAUACAAUAAACGGGAUUCGAAUGUU